AUGCCAGGAAUCUUGCCUAUGAAGGUCAUCAAGGUUGGGUCAAGCGCCCAAUCUCGCAUCGCACAAGCCUGCGAUAGAUGUCGAAGCAAGAAAAUCAGAUGCGAUGGAAUCCGACCAAGUUGUUCGCAAUGCACCAGCGUUGGCUUCGAGUGCAAGACCAGCGACAAGCUCAGCCGGCGCGCCUUCCCCAGAGGAUACACAGAGUCGCUAGAAGAAAGAGUUCGGAGUCUAGAAGCCGAGGUCAGAGAGUUGAAGGAAUUGCUUGAUGAGAAGGACGAGAAGAUUGAUAUGCUGUCAAAACUGCACUCGUCGUCUGCACAAUCGGCCUUUCAAAACUCGCCACGGCGGCCAUCAGUCUCCCCAGCAGCCCCUUCACCACACACAAAUAGCGACGACGUUUUUCACGUUCAACAGACACUCCAGCUUGAUGGAAACGGCUCAAAUGCCCACUUCGCAGGCACAUCAAGUGGAAAGACCUUCUACGAUGCCUUCUCAAGACGAGUACAGGAACUCGGCCGCGCAGCACCAGCUAUCAACGUGCAGAACCUGUUACCCGGAAGCACACACAUCGCACAUCGCGAUCCCCUCUCAGACCCCAUUGUCUGGAGAGCACCUGCCAGACUCGAAUCAGAUCAAUUGAUUGGCAUCUUCUUCCAAGAGUGGGCACCGCUCUUCCCCAUUCUCCAUCGUCCUACCUUCCUAGAGCUCUAUCAGUCUUACAUGUCUGCUCCUGAGAAUGUCACAGAUAACUGUAGCCACGCUCAACUGAACCUUGUUUUCGGAAUCGCUGCCUUGUCCAGUGGUUCACGCGACACAUCCGAGCUGCAAUCAUUCGAGAGACAAUGGCAAGCAGCUAUCGACACGAUACUCUCCGAUCACAGCAUGCCUACUUUGCAGUGCUUGGUCUUGGCACAGCUAUAUUGCAUGCAACGUGGCGAUUAUGACAGGCUUCUAACAUACAAGGCACUUGCUGUCACACUUUCUUCUCGACUGGGCCUGCACCAAUCGCAGAAGCGUUUCGCUCUUGGUGCCUCCACUAGCGAGAUGAGAAAGAAGGUCUUCUGGUCGUUGUACACAAUCGAUUGCUUCUCUGCUGUCACUCUUGGUCUACCCAAACAACUCAAAGACGAGGAUGUCCACUGCGAGGAGCCUCGUGACGCCGAUGAGGAGUACGUUGACGAGAACGGCUUCAAGGCGCCUUGCCCUGGCGAGUACACUAGAGUGUCUAGUGCACUCGCACUCUUCCGCGCUGCUCGAAUCCUCUCUCGUGUUCUGGAAGAAAUCUAUCCCGCACGUUCUUCGUACGAUCUCUCUUUGCAACAGCUCUCGGCCUUGUCGGAAGAACUCGACGCGUGGCACAACGCCCUCGCACCACACUUGCGCCUUCCAUUUGCAAACGACAAGCCGACCACCGGAACCGUCAGCAGCCGAUCUCCUUUACUGUCGUUGACCUACCACUUUAUUCGUGCUCUUAUCCAUCGCCCAGCUGUAUGCGCCUCGCUUGGUCCAAAGGCUUCUUCGUCAUUACUUGCAGUCGCUGGAUCGUCCAAGCACAUCAUUCAGAUCGUCGAAUUGCUGAGCGAGAGAGCGCUGAGUUUCUCAUUCUGCAUCAACAAGGAUGAACUCGUCGUCUUGUCUGGACUGGGUCUCCUCUUCCAAAGCCUGGAUCUCGGAGAAAACAGCAAGCUCGUCAAGGAUAACCAAAAAAUGACAUCCACUGUCAUUCAGAUUCUCACCAAGACCAAGGCCCCAUCAGCAGCAGAGUUCCAAAAGCUCACCCCUUCGAUCCCAAUCGUUCCAACACAGCCGACAGCCAAACAUCAACAUCCGACCUUGUCACGCCACAAUUCUGAUGGCGCUGUUCAUCCAGUCAGCUUAGCCCACCAUGGAAGCGCCUCGCCAACAGAAAAGAACCGCUUCAAGGCAGCCGCUCAAAGGCUGAUGGCCAAGAAUCCUUUCGAUCGCAAUGACCAGAGACGAGCCACCUUCCCGAACAUCUCCUUGCACCACGCUGCAAUGCAGACGCAGAGUCAGCCAAACAUACCCCACGUCGCGACCUCCGAACCCGCAUACAGCCCCGCGAAUCCUUCUCCCCCCGCACCGCUGCCCGCUUCCGCCCGACCAUCUGCGGCGCCACAAACCCUAAGACCUGUACGAUCCUUCCCUCAGCAACAACAGCUCAAUCUGGAUUACCUGUCUUUCAGCAACGUCCCUACCCGUACACACUCACCUGACGCUCACUUGUCUAUCAAGCAGGAGCCUUCGGAUUGGGAACGCCUGCUCGGCUCGCUGGACAACGGUCAAACUAACAUCUUCGACAACAUAUAUGGCGGUCCUCCUGUCGACUUCUUGGACACACACCAUCACCAGCAUCACCAUCACCAUCAACAGAAUGUAAAGCAUAUGGUGCCUCCCAUGGCGUCGAGCUUACCCAAUCCAGCCACCCAAUGGAAUUGGAGCGUUACAAACUCCGACAUCAACGCCAUGAACUGCAGCAUGGCUGGCAGUGUCGCACAUCCCGAAAGCGUGUUUAGUAUUUCCACCGAUGAUGAUGGUGCUGCAGGUGCCAACGACGAGAUCUUUGGCAAUGACUGGGGCAGCACGAGCAGCACUAACGGUAGCGAGGCUUAUGCUGGCAUCGUGAUGCCGCAAUUGACUCCUGAUGAGCACAGUCUGUUGAGCAGCAUGUGGGGAGAAAACACUGCUGUUCUCCAGGCCUCGUGA